AAGAAAAGUUGCAUGUUGCGAGGGAUUAUUCGUGCGGAUUGUGAAAAACCUGGAUAUUUUUAUUAAUUGGCCAUCGGCAUAAUGAGGACAUUUUGGCAAGUUUUGACAUACUGACAACCUCCCCUAGUGACAUGCACUCGAGACGUGAUGCGAAGGCAAGGCGUUGUUAGAUAGAACCACACAAGAGCCCUCUAAGCAGCGAACUGAUUUCAAAAAACACUUCUGGUUAAAAAAUGAAAUAGUUUACCAAUAGAAAGGCAGGAGAGGUAAAACCCACCUCCAGAAAGUCUGCAUGAUUUCACAGUUUGUUAUUGAUGAAGAUUUUCAAUGCAACUACCUGAAUCAAAAUAGGAUUAUCUGCAAGGUAUCAAAAGUCUAGCCACAACAAACUAGGAAGCGCACCAUGCUAUUUUAAGUACUAUUGCAUAGGAAUUCACUUCACAGCCCUUGAUAUCUUAUAGCUGAUAGAUCAUAACGCUGUUGAUGCCAUGAUUAUGAUAUGUAACUUUGGAGGAUUUAUCAAACCUGAUAAACCUGAUGAAAAGUGUGCCCAAAGCCCAAGAUCAAAGAAUUAUGCCAUAAAAGUGAUAUAGAUUCCAUUAUAAAUAUUUGUGCCAUGAAAACGACCUUGAUUCCAUUUUUAAGAAUUGUGCCAUGAAAGUGACCUAGAUUCCAUUAUGAAGAAUUGUGCCAUGAAAGUGACAUUGAUUCCAUUGUAAAAAAUUGUGCCAUGAAAGUGACCCAGAUUCCACUAUAAAGAAUUGUGCCAUGAAAGUGAGCUAAAUUUCAGUAUAAAGAAUUGUGCCAUAAAAGGGAGGUAGUUUCCACUAUAAAGAAUUGUGCCAUGAAAGUGAGCUAAAUUUCAGUAUAAAGAAUUGUGCCAUAAAAGGGAGGUAGUUUCCAGUAUAAAGAAUUUUGCCAUGUAAGUGAGCAAGGUUCCAUUGUAAAGAAUUGUGCCAUGAAAGUGACCCAGAUUCCAUUAUAAAGAAUUGUGCCAUAAAAGUGACCCAGAUUCCAGUAUAAAGAAUUGUGCCAUAAAAGGGAGGUAGUUUCCACUUUAAAGAUUUUUGCAUAUAAGUGAGCUAGAUUCCAUUAUAAAGAAUUGUGCCAUGAAAGUGACCCAGAUUCCAUUAUAAAGAAUUGUGCCAUGAAGGUGAACUAAAUUCCAGUAUAAAGAAUUGUGCCAUAAAAGGGAGGUAGAUUUCACUAUAAAGAGUUUUGCCAUGUAAGUGAGCUAGAUUCCAUUAUAAAGAAUUGUGCCAUGAAAGUGACCUAGAUUCCAAGUUAUAGAAUUGUGCCAUGAAAGUGACCUAGAUUUCAUUAUUCAGAAUUGUGCCACUAAAGUGACCUAGAUGCUAGUAAAAAGCAUUGUGCCAUGAAAAUGAGCUAGAUUCCAUUAUAAAGUUUUUUGCCAUAAAAAUGAGCGAGAUUUCAGUACAAAGCAUUGUGCCAUGAAAGUCAACUAAAAUUCCAUUAUAAAGAGUUGUGCCAUGAGCUAGAUUCCAUUAUUCAGCAUUGUGCUAUGAAAGUGAGCUAGAUUCCAUUAUAAAGAAUUGUGCCAUAAAAAUGAUCUACCAGUUUUGCUAAACUUGUUUUAUAAGACUAUUAUAUAAAGAUAAAUUGCUUUUUGAGCACCUUUAACAAAAAGGUUAAAAUUCAGAAUCCUUGGAUGGUUCUCCCAUAAAAGACCAAUCAUUUUGGAAGCUCUAUUUGGGCAAUAAAAAAAUCCAAUCAGAAGUUUAUGAGCCAUAGUUUAGUAAACCAAGUGUUUAAGUAAGUUCAACAAAUUAAGCUGAAGGUGGAAAUUAAGGUAUAGAAAAAAAUACUUAAAAAAAGUUAACUCACUUAUACCUAAGACUCAAUAUAUAGCAAAAUAUACAAAAAUCAAGAAAAAAUAUAAGGAUUUAAAAAAACAAAAAGGAAGUGAAACAGACCGACUUAUCAAAAGGAAAACAAGGAAAGAACAUCACAGUGACAAAAACAUAGCAUCAGCUGAAUAAACAAUAUAGUGUAAUAGUAUCUCUGACUUUAAUGGUCGAUAUUUGUGUAAAACUGUUCAUAUAAUAAUCACGGACAAGUUGCCCAGUUGACCAGAAAUAGCCCUGAACACAGGUUAACUGGCUAGUUUUAUUAUGAAUAGCAAUUAUUUAGUCAUUAAUUACUGUGAUAUUCAUGACACUCCUUCACUCCUUCAUAAAUAUGAUAUAUUAUGAAAACAGCUAGCAAUGGUCAUUCUUAAGAAAAUGGUCACUUGUCAAGGUUACCAUGAAUUUAAAGAAUUAUAAAAAUUGUUUGACUGCUUUUUGUGAGAUAUACAUUAUGAAAUCAGUUUGUAUAUAAUUUCAGUAAAACUGUUAAACAAAAUUGAAAAAAACUGUUCUCUCUGCAAUGAACUGCUAAAAAUGAAAUGACUGAUUACCUAAUUAGACAUAAUUGCAGAAGAAUUUAGUGCCGCUUAAAUAUUGUGACAUUUGGCGGGAAAUCAUCAACCUUAUCACCAAAUAACCCAAUUCUGUUGGAUCUUAUUAAUGAAUUAUGGAAUCUGUAACAGCACAAUGAAAAAAGGAAAAUAAUCAAAUAAACCUUCUGGCUAUAUCUACACAUCCAGGCUUUGAAGUAAGCGGGAAAAAGUAAUAUAUUUAGACAGGUAAUUUUCAAAAACAGUUUAAAGUGAUCAAAAUUUUCAAGAAAAAAAAACAAAGUGGGUGUGAAAUAAGUGACUACAGAGGGCAAUUAGAUGGAUACAGAGAGGCUCAGAGAAGCUAUGUUUAAAAUGUUCGACGACCAUGAGCUCAACCUUAACACCACAACUUAAAAAUGGACUAGAAUUUCUGGAUGACACUUUACCUUCUUUCAACUCAAGCGGUGCCAUUCACCUUCCACUAGAUGGCUCAAUUUCAGGAGUUAAUUUUCCUCCUUUACCAAAAUUUGACGUAAACAUUCUUCAAUCAAUUCAAUUUUCAAAUGAAAGCAAUACUGCCAACGGAAACUAUACUUUUGACAUUGAGGCAUUACUAAGGCAACUAAAUAGCAGUGACCUUGACCUUGAUGUUCUUAGAAACCUCACUGGGGAGUUCCCCUUAUGGCCGUCCUUGCAGCCUUACAGCCCUCGAGAAAAAGCGGAGAGGUUGCUACAGCAACCAGAAUAUAUUGUUAUAUUACUGUUGUGCCUCGUAGCCUUGGUGACCAACAUCGUGUCAAUAGUCGCCACAUGCCACAUAAGGGGAUCACUGACCAUGCAUCUGAAACUGAUCAUAAACCUCGCUGCCUCAGACAUCCUCAUAGUCUUUAGCAUACUGAUUCUCAUAAUAAAUAAGAUCUUUAACACGCCACCAGAAGUCGGAUCAAAGCCGGAAGACAGACUUUUAAAUGCGUGUUUCUUUGCCAGCGUGAAUUCAGUGAACAUAAUGUCAUAUUUGAUAGCACUGUUAAACUUAUUUGCAAUGGCUCUUGAUCAUUAUAUUGCAAUAAUGAUGCCUUUACGUUACAAACAUCUUAUGUCAAAGAAGAGGGGCUAUGUGUUCAUUAGUUUACUGUGGAUUAUAGCUACGAUUGGAGGAUUUUCUAACUUUUUCAUUGGUUUUAUUGGAUAUGAAAGACAUGAACUGUUCAAUUUCUGUGAAUAUAUAAUGGAUGACAGUUACCAUGGUGAAAUGCUCAUAUUUGGAGUUACAAUAGUAUGCCUUUUCGCGAUUGUCGUUAUAUACACAAGGAUUUUUUUUGAAGUGAAAAAAAUACAAGCUCUUGCCAUGCUAGUGCCAAAUUAUUCUCUCCACAAUAAUAAAGCUAUGAUAACAACAUUAGUCAUUAUAGGCGCAUUUACGAUUUGUUGGUUACCCAACUGUAUAUUUCAGAUAACUAUGAUCGCUCAGAUUCAAUUCAACAAAAAAAUUGUGUACAAACUCUUUAGCAAGCUCUUAUUAAUAAGCAAAUACCUCCAUAUCCUCCAACUAGCAAAUUGCACUGCCGAUCCGAUUAUAUAUGCAGUACGGCUAAAAGUGGUGCAAACCGGUUAUCGGAACUUUCUUGCACACAUAUGGGGCUCGUACAAAUCCAUGAAAUCCAACAUACACAGGAGAAACAGUAUUAAAUCAUUCAAAGCUGGUUACCGGCCUUCAUUCUUCAAGCAAGGAUGUGACAUAGAACUUUGUGAUAUUGACACAGAUAAAAAAAUGUCCAUAAACCAUGAAUCAGACACUCCAAAUCCUGACUCUCAAUUCAGCAGUGGGCCGUUUUUUAAACUUUCUGACGAGAGCGAUGUUAAUGACAAUGAUUUGGUAACAAAGGUGCUUAUUCAUCAUUUUUCGUCGGAAAAUCUCGCCAAUGGGUAUGAAGAAACUGUAUUAUAGCACAAUGAUAUUAUCAUUAUUAUUC